AUGUCGGUGUAUUUUUUUUCAUCUAGAAUCCGUGUCGUCUGCUCGUCAAUCUUAGUUAAACACAAGUGGCAGAUCUUUGUGCUUUGGCCUUCCUAUUAUUAUGUUGUUCAAGGCCACCGAUUCGGCAUCAUUGAAGGUUAUGGCUGCCGCCCAACCACAUACUUUUCGAUCGCCGCCAUCUUCAUUGUCUGGCUCCCCCCUUUGAUCCUCUCAAUUGGCGCAAUCGCCUUCGCCGGCCUUGUCCUGAGGCCCUUCAUCCAAUGCCGCAUUUCAUUUGCAACCCACCUUGCCACACACUCCGCCCUCUCAUAUGCCAUCUGGUUCACUGUUGUGUCUAUUCCUAUCUGCCCCUGGAUGAACUGGGCUGACGUACACUCUAAUUUCUCCCGCAUUGACCUUUACCCCGCCCUGUUUCACGCCCCCUGA